AUGACAGAGGGGCCCGUGCGGACAGACAGCGAGAUCAGUCGCGAAGACUCCAUCAUGGGCUCCGGUCAGAGAGAAGACAAGGACAGCAGAGCCGCCAGCCCAACAGGCUCCUUGGGCCACCAUCCACACUCGCCCCCCUUGACACACAACCCCAAGGAGAUCUGGAAGAAAGGAGGCCGCAUGUUCUCGGUCCUGCUGGCCAUCAAUUUGUUGCUACUGGCCUGCACCCUGGUGAGCAGUGCGGCCUUCAACAAGGUAGCUGUGCAUGACUACGACGUGUUUUUCAUGCUGACCAUCAUAAUGCUGAUCUGCAUUGCCUGGAUCCUCUUCUACCUCAUCGUCACCGCCAAGCGCCGGGACGCCAUCCUCUACAAGGACUCCCAUGCAGGACCUGUCUGGCUGAGAGGAGGCCUGGUUUUGUUUGCCAUUUUCACCCUCGUGAUGGACGUGUUUAAAACUGGGUAUUACUCCAGCUUCUACAACUGCCUGUCCGCCAUCAAAAUCAUCUACCCUCUCGUGCAGGCCGUGUUUGUGAUCGUCCAGACGUACUUUCUGUGGAUUUCUGCCAAAGACUGCAUUCACGUGCACCUGGAUGUUACCAGGUGUGGCUUGAUGCUGACGUUGACCACUAACCUAGCCGUGUGGAUGUCGGCCGUAACGGACGAGUCCGUGCAUAAAGCACACACAAAAUUCCAGAACUUAACAGAAGGAACACACAGAUGGAUCAUGAAAGCUGGAACGGCAAGUGGCUCAACAGAAGGCUGUAGCUGUAACACCCAAAUUUGCCAGAUCUUCCAGAGUGGCUAUUUUUGGUUGUAUCCCUUCAACAUUGAGUACAGUCUCUUUGCCUCUGCCAUGCUGUAUGUGAUGUGGAAGAAUGUUGGACGCCUCAUAGACCACCACACUCACCACAUCCACCAGCUGAAGUUCAGGCUCUUCAGAAGGACCUUCUUUGUGGGCAUCGUUUUGGGGCUGUUCAUACUGGUGAGUGGCCUGGCUGUCCUUAUUGUUUAUGAGGUGCAGGUGAAUAGCAGCGGCCAGCCAGACAAGAAGAACGAAGCACUCAUCAUGUAUUACACCUUCAACAUAGUUUGCCUGAGCCUGAUGUCUCUUGUCUGCAUCGGAGGUUCCAUUGUCUACAGGUUUGAUAAGAGAGACAUGGACCACCACAAGAAUCCAACCAGGACUUUGGACAUGGCCUUAUUGCUGGGGGCUGCCUUGGGGCAAUAUGCGAUCUCCUAUUACUCCAUUGUGGCUGUGGUGGCCAGCACUCCAAGGGAUGCCAUAAGUGCCCUCAACUUGACCUACUCACUGCUGAUGAUCGCCCAGCACACCUUCCAGAACAUCUUCAUCAUCGAAGGCCUUCAUCGGCAGCCCCCAGAAGAUGACCACAAAAUUCAUCCUCACCGGAAGGACCUAUAUGGACUCACCUUUGUCAACAUCAAUGCCGUAUCCCUCCGCGUCCCCGAAAGCAGCAGUGCCCUGCCAUCCCCCUUGCCCCACGGUCAAGGUGCGGUAGCGAUCCAGACUUCAGAUGUGGUGCAGUCCAUAAUGGUCCCCAAGAAGGUGAAAUGGAGGAGGAAGUUCCUAAAGGAGAUCUCCUUGUUCCUGCUCCUCUGCAACAUAAUUCUCUGGAUCAUGCCAGCGUUCGGCGCCCGGCCACAGUUCGACAACGACAAGGAACUCAACUUCUACGGCUACUCGAUGUGGCCUGCCAUUGUGGACAUUUGCCUGCCCUUCGGGAUCUUCUACCGCAUGCACGCAGUGGCCAGCCUGCUGGAAGUCUACAUCAUGUCUUAA